UUUGUUUUUUUUUUUUUUUUUUUUUUUUUUCAAAUGUCCAUUUAAAAACUACAUUUCAUAAUGCAUAACGUACAAGCUAAACGAAGGUCUAGAAGUAACUCCACUGGAUGCAUCACACUAGAUUCCAACCCACAUGCAUUAUAAUUAACAGUCGUCACCAUCCAUGAUCCACCACACAAAUGUCCGACAAGACAGCCACUUGUUUAGAAAGAGAGAGAACCAUUGCGUGUUUAGUGUACGAUAUAUAUACAUACACACACAUACAUACAUAUAUAUAAUUAAUAAUAUAGAAAGAGAGCGAAGGUGAGAGAAGAAAGAUGGGUGAGAGAAGGAUCGGAGUGGCCGUAGAUUUCUCGAUUGGAAGCCGAGCAGCAUUGAAAUGGGCAAUCGACAACGUUGUACGGAAAGGAGAUCAUCUUAUCCUCGUUACCAUCCGACCUGAUGGCGAUUACGAACAAACCGAGGUUCAGCUCUGGGAAGCUACAGGCUCUCCUUUGAUCCCUUUGGCCGAGAUCAGUGACCCGAAUAUCAUGAAGAAAUACGCAACUAAGCCUGAUCAGGAGACACUUGAUAUGGUCAAUUUGGCUGCCACUCAAAAAGAGGUUGUUGUUGUCAUGAAAGUGUAUUGGGGAGAUCCCCGCGAGAAACUAUGUGAAGCCGUUGAUAAUAUUCCGCUAGACUAUCUUGUUAUAGGGAACCGAGGUCUUGGCAAGUUGAAGAGGGCUAUUAUGGGAAGUGUGAGCAACUAUGUUGUCAAUCAGAGUUCUUGCCCGGUGACCGUUGUGAAGCAUGGAAGCGCGUAAGACAGUAUACUGUCGUCGAAGUCUAGAAAGUUUGUACCAAAUAAUCCAUUAUGUGGAGUUAGUUUUGUCUUGGAAUUAAAACAAUUGAAGCUGCCAUAAUUGUAUUCUUAAGGGUGUAUACCUUUUUAACUUCAGUGUUUGUCCAUAGUUUGUUUUCGUUUCCAUUCGGGCCACAAUGUUUCUUGUGAUUUAGAUCAAGAAGUAACAUGGUAUCUCUCAUCGUU